AUGGAGACAUUGGUCCUGCGACUCAGUGAGACAGAGGGGCGACUGCACCAGUUACGUAAGCAAUAUGACGAGCUGAAUCUCCGUUAUGAACAAGCACAAAGUACGCAUACCCUGCUCAAGCAAGAUGCAGAUCAUGCCCGAUUGGAAACCAGCGAGCUACGGCGUCAACUCAAUGCCCAACUCAGCUUACAAACCCACCAGGCGGACACCGUGCAGAAGUGGACAAAUCGACUGGAAAAAAGCGAGCGGGAAUUAACCGAUUUACGACGAAACCAUGAUCGUUUGUUAUCCCAGUCGGCCAAUCAUGAGGAACAAAUAAGUUUAAAAAGAUUAAUCUUUUCCUUCACAAAUUUAAAUCCGAGAACAAUAAUAAAGGACAUUACACAUAUGCGCGAUUCGAGUGAGAAGAAACAAAAUCAAAUACAAUCUUUGUUGACUACCGUGGCUCAGUUAAAUGUGGAUUUGAGCUCCAAAGAGCGUGAACUGGAAGAGUGGAAGGAACGAUCAAUAGGGGCCGAACGAAAAACGGAACAGUUGAACACAGAACUUCUAGAGGCGACUGAGCGAUUUGAUCGACUUCAAGAUGCACUGAAAGCGGCGGAGUCCAUUCAGACUACUAUGAGUGAGCGAAUCGCACAGUUGACUAGGCAACACCAGGAAUCUAUCAAACGUUACGAGGAUCAGGUUGAACGGAUGACUUCUCAGCUGGACGUGUACAAGAAACAGGUGGAGGAAGUGACAGGCCGGCUGGAGUUGAGUCAGAAACAGAAGCUUAAUUUCGCGCAUCAGGAUGCAGCUGGAACCACUUUUAAUGGGUGUCAAAUUUUGCAUUCCACCGAGAAGGAACGACCCGAUCAACACGGAGACGCAAUUCGAAUGUUUUUCGAUCAACUCAAAUGUCUGCAGCCUACUUCGUCCGAUGCAUCAAGUUGGUUCAAAGCAAAAGUCGUCGAUCUGGCACACCAAUAUUAG